AUGGGGCCUCUGCCGCAGGAAAGGGACAUCCAAUGGAGCGACCCUCUAAACUCAGAUUUGAACACGCUCGCUCGGGAGUGGUUCGGGGAAGCCGAAGCUCGCCUUGUUGAAAUUCAUGGAAUAAGUGAUCAGAAAGGGUAUGUAGGUCGCUCCGCUGGGCCCAAGUCUCGCAAAGUUCCCUUAGUGGCGCUGCUAGAGCGAGAUCACCGCCGGCGUUUUUCGAAGCAGACUGUCUGCUGGAUCUCGUUCGAGGCCCUGCUCAAGAAGGCAAAGGCAAUCAGUGCUGGGAACCCAGGUGCCAAGGGAAGAGCUCUUCUGGGAUCCUGGAAGCUUAAGCUGUUCGACAUUUUGGAGGACCUCCAGCUGACGGAAGAUGGGCCCACAAAGCUCGUGCGCAUCGCGGUCGGGUUUCAUUUGGUCGUGCUCGUUGUCGAUGCGGUGCUGGCCAGGGAUGCCGCGGCCCACGGGGAGCCCGCGGGCGGGGCCGCUGCGCCCGGCCGUACUUGGCAGGUCACGGGGAGCCCCUUCAGGACGGAGAGGGUGUGGGAGCGCUCGGCGACUUUGGUCGCAGGCCCCUGGAAGCGCGCGGCGGUGAAGGGGAUGGCUGCCCAGUUCGGAGCAAAACUGGUAAAGGCAUGGGAGGACUGCGCCUCGCAGUGGGCGGCUGCAGCUGUAGAGGUUAACGCUGGGAGAGGUUCCGGGGCCCGCGGUAUUCUCACGGUAGAUGGCGCGGUGCACAAUGUCCAGCGCGGCCCGGCGGUGUUCGUCAAGGUCGUCGGUCUCCUCGAUCAGGCGCAGGCCGACGAUCGCGUCGGCCAGCUGCUGUGCGGCGCGGCAGAGCACCGCGAGGGCAGCCUGCACGCCGCGCUGGCCGUGCUGCUGAACGGCCGGCGCGGGCUGCCGCACAGGAUCAUCGAGAAGGGAGUGGUCGACGCCUUCGGCCUCAACAAGGACGCCGUGCACGCCACGGCGCCAGAGGACCUGGCCUCGGCGGCCCUGGCGGGCCGCAAGAAGCUGCAGGCGCUGUCCUUCCAGCGCCGUCGCCUGAGGGCCUCCGACGUGGCGGCCGCGUUGGACCCCGGGCUGCAGCAGCCAGACCAUCCCCAGUGGGGUCCUCAGGCGGUCGCGCUGCGGGACCGGCUGCAGGAGCGGGUCACCAAGGCGCUCGGCGGUUCAACGGCCGACGGGCAGGAGACGCACCACCUGGUCAGGGUGCUGCAGGGCCGCCUGGGCUUCUCCUGGGACCUGGGCCUGCGCGCCCUGGCGCAGGCCGUUGUACUGUCGCCGCCUGGCUGCGCGGAGCCGCCAUCCUGGCAGGACGCCAAAUCUCGUGCGGAGGCCAUGGUCGCCAUGGAGGAUCCCGACGCGGUGCAGAAGGCGUUCGCGCAGGACGGCGGGCAUACAGGCCGCCUGCUGGGGGCGCUGCUGGCCGGCGCGGGGCCCGCGGGCCUGCCGGCGGCCUGCGUGCCCGCCGUGGGCGCGCCGGUGCUGCCCAUGCGCGUGCAGCAGGCGGACAGGGCGCAGGACGGACGCGGCCGGUGCGCUCCGGCAGCUCGGCGGGGCCGUGCUGGCCGAGUGGCGCAUGCAGGGGGAGCGGGCGCAGGUGCACGUGCAGAAGGGUGGGAAGGAUAUCACCGUCUUCGUCGGCGCAUUUGGCAGGCUCUGCAACGACAGGACCGAGGACGCCAUCUCUGCGCUGAAGGAUCACCUGCAGCCCGACGUCUGCAGCUGCAUCCUCGAGGUCAUCUUCGCCAAGGUCCAUCGCAAGGACAAGGACAGGGACGCGAAGGACGCGAAGGACGAGCAGACCCAGCCGCGGGUGGCGAUGGCGUUCGGAGGGACAUUCUCGCGCUCAACGGCAAGCCGCUGGUCGACCUGCCGCUGCGGCAGCGGCGCGAGGCGCUGCUGGGCGCGGUGCGGGAGCACGCGGGCCUCAGGUUCGUCCGCAGCUCGGAGGUCAAGCCCGGCGAGGACGCUCCCGCUGAGGUGGAAAAACGCGUGGACGAGGCGCUCAGUGCCUCGUACCUGGCCGACAACCCGGCGGAGAAGGCCUACAGCAAGGCCCUGGGCCUCGUGCUCAAGACCUUGGACGGCCCGGGCGCCUCCUACUGGGCCGGGCGCUGCCACUCGGCCUGGCUGGAGGGGGCCUCGAGAAGUCUCCGGUGGUGGGGCCCGAGGCGGACCGGUUGCUCCUCGAGUCUCUCUCGGAGGAGGAGCGCAAGCACCUGCCCGCGAAGGAGGACUUUCACUUCACGGUGA